ACUAUGCAGACAGUUAAUAGGGGGUUUUUGCUCUGGCUGUGUCUGCUCUUUUUCAAUUGCUUCUCUUUCAGCAUGAUCUGUAUUCAUUCAGCGUAGGCUCUGUGACAUGGGAAUAACUUUAACAAAAUACAGUGCCAAACUCUAAUGCUUGCGCAAUCACGUCUAUUAACGACGGCGUAUAAUUCAUACCUUAAUGGUCGUUCAUUUGAGUGAGUGAUCUCGUUCAUGCACAAUAUUUAUAGGCCCGCGCGAGUCUCGGUGGAUGGCGAGUGCAUUAAUGAAUGUGUAUUUAUUGGAUGAGCUGCCUUUUCACACCGCGGCUAAUAUUUUAAACGAGGGAAAAUCAAUACCCCCCCUGCUCUUACGCGUCAAGGACAGAAAUGUGGGUGCUGAGGCUUGACAAUGAGAGGUAGAGGUGAAUGUAUGGCUGCACUGACUGAUGGAGCCAUCUCUCAAACUGUGACAGUAACCUUGGUGCGGCUGGUUGACUAAUGCAUUGUUACACCGCGUCCUAGCAUGUAGGACGGGUGCCCAUUUUACACACGGGGAAGUGGUACACAGGUCAUGUGGACAUAUUGGAUUUGUGGGGGCCUAGUUAUUUUGUGGGGCUUAUGGUGAACUGCUUCUGUCGGUGUAAAUGUGGUUUUGGACAUUAUUUGAUUGAUGCGUAAUAUAUCACCUCAAGAAAACGGCAGUGAAAAAUCAAUAACAUUUCAAUAUGUGCUAUGCAAAUUGAUUACUCUGGUGUGGGUUUGUAUUUUCAAAUUGCUGAUAAUCAAUUCAAGAACUCACAGGUUACAUUUGUCACGAAGACAGUCAGAGACGUGAUUGAUUGGGUCCAGCAUCUGCAAGCAUUACCAUUACAACUACAAGCCACUUGUGCAUCUUCAAGCUAUAUGUGAUUUGUCAGAAUUAAAGUUUUGAAUUUCAAGACUCUGGUGGAACGCCCUACCAUCAAUGUUGGCUGGGCAUUAUUUCAGACAUUUUUUUAUUUUUAAAUAAUCAGACCUCUAUCCCUUUUGAAAAUAAACAAGUUAAUACAAGUCAUUUUGAAAUCCGUUUGAGCAUACUAAAUAUGGCCAUGAAAAUGUAAUGAGGGACGAGCUGUUUUCUUUAGCAAGUGAUGCCUGGUUACAACUGCAAUCUUAGUUUCAGCUAUGUAUGCAUGCUAUGUAUCAGACAUAUCCAAUUGAGGAGAUUCCAUUUUGCGGUGGUGUAAGAGUGUGGUGUCUGUAUGAUGAUGUUUUGCUAUAGAGUGGCACAGGUUGUUUUGGGCAAUCUCUUCAUUGGUGCUAAAAUCAGUUUUGAGAUACUAAUGUUCUUAUCAUGAUGUCUGCAUUUUUAGCCUUUCUGUCAUAGUGGGGAAAGGCUUGUAAAUACAUUUGGGUGAACUAGACGUGUCUCCUACGAGUAUAUGACCUACUUUAACCAGGCAUUAUUUAUUUAAAAAAAAAUACAGGAUACUGUUUUGAAGCUAAGCCAAACGAGACAAUAGCUGCCUUGUGUCCACACUAAGCAAAUUCAAAGUAGUCACUUAAACAUUAAGCUAGGUUAUCUACACGCUGAGAUAAAUGGUAUAGGCCCUAUGGCUUGCCACUAUGAGUAAGCCACCACAUGGAGGAAGUCUCCCGUGCUACACUCCUGGCCAAUAGCAAGAGAGAGCAGCCGGUGGGGGUAGUGCUGACGGCGGAGGAGGAGUCUAAUGCGCAGCUGCUGACACUCGUCAAAAAUUUCAGAGCUGAAGAGACUAGUAACUAAACGGGGACCCGAGGUUCCCCUCCAAGACAGCUUCGGCCGUCCCGUAAUGGUAAAUUAGGACCCAUGAAAUAGCAGGAUGCGAGCAAGAUCACUGUGGAUGAUUGCAUAUUUGAACAGGAAGUUUUUGUCGUCGUUUUCCGUGGACUGUAAACAGAGGGAUUAUUUCGGAGAUUAAUAUUCACCAGUUUGUUUGGCGGCUUUGCAGUCAAGCCUAGUUUGUAGAGACAUUUUUAUGUUUAAAUGUAUGCGGUCGCUGCAUGCAUGGCGGAGUAGAGACAUUGCUUGCAUGAAUCCAUGUAGCGAAUGAGACACCGACUGACUUUCUUCAACAUCUAAACCGUGGAUUUUAAAUAGGCCACCUUCAACGAGGUGCUGUGUCUCAGCGUUAGUACUUCUGUGAGCAGAUAUCCGCGGAAACAGUAGGUUAAGCAUUAUCCCGUUCUGUUCUCAACCACAGCAGCGUGCGGGAAUGUUCGUUUAAAGGAAUGGCCCCAAUUAGCAACAAAUGUGUUCCGAAAUGUGUCAUUUUACCAGUUUAUGAGCUGACCUACUCUUAGUUUGAUGCCGAGUCACUCUUCUGUAUUCCCAGACGGACUGUGGAACUUCAGUGAUAAGGGAGCUUUGCAACGUGGGAAACAUUGUCGCAGGCAAGACCGGGGGAAGCCACAAAUAUUGCUUUAUUCAGAAACAAAAUGCAAUGACAUUAAACAUUCGAAGGCUCUUCUAUAUCCUGAUGUUUUCAAACUCCUUGAUCGUAGCUUCGAGAACGGAACAUCCCUGGAAGAAGGCAUUUUCUCUCACACUGCAUAAUGUACGAGAGCUUGGAUGUGCUUGGGCUCACCCCUAGUUCGAAUCCGUUUCUAAGCAUGGAUUAUUAUCACCAAAACCGCGGAUGCUUGAUCCCAGAGAAGGGCCUCGUGUCUGGAGCGCCCCGUCCAUACAGCACCUCCAUCCGAAACCAACACUGGAAUGGCUCCAAUCACUCUGUGGAGACCCAGAGCACCAGCUCGGAGGAGAUCGUGCCGAGCCCACCAUCCCCUCCUCCGCCGCCCCGGGUCUACAAGCCCUGCUUCGUUUGUGCGGACAAGUCCUCAGGGUACCACUACGGUGUGAGCGCCUGCGAAGGAUGCAAGGGCUUCUUCAGGAGAAGUAUCCAGAAGAACAUGGUGUACACGUGUCACCGGGAGAAGAGCUGCAUCAUCAACAAGGUCACCAGGAACCGCUGCCAGUACUGCCGGUUGCAGAAGUGCUUCGAAGUGGGCAUGUCCAAAGAGUCAGCGGUGAGAAACGACAGAAACAAGAAGAAGAAGGAGGAGAAGAAGCCCGAGUGCUUGGAGAACUGUGUGCUGACUCGUGACACAGAGCAGAUGAUUGAGCGCGUGCGCAAGGCCCACCAGGAAACCUUCCCCUCACUCUGUAAUCUGGGCAAAUACACAACGAAUAACAGUGCGGAGCAGCGCGUGGCCCUGGACGUGGACCUGUGGGAUAAGUUCAGCGAGCUCUCCACUAAGUGCAUCAUCAAGACGGUGGAGUUCGCCAAGCAGCUGCCCGGCUUCACCACGCUCACCAUCGCCGACCAGAUCACACUCCUCAAGGCCGCCUGCCUUGACAUCCUGAUUCUGAGGAUCUGCACGCGGUACACACCCGACCAGGACACCAUGACGUUCUCGGACGGGCUAACUCUGAACCGCACACAGAUGCACAACGCCGGCUUCGGGCCGCUAACGGACCUCGUGUUCGCUUUCGCCAACACGCUGCUGCCGCUGGAGAUGGACGAUGCCGAGACGGGGCUCCUGAGCGCCAUCUGUCUGCUGUGUGGAGACCGGCAAGACCUGGAGCAGUCGGACAAGGUGGACGUUCUGCAGGAGCCCCUCCUGGAGGCGCUGAAGCUCUACGUGAGGAACAGGAGACCCCACAAGCCACACAUGUUCCCCAAGAUGCUGAUGAAGAUUACAGACCUGCGCAGCAUCAGCGCUAAAGGGGCUGAGCGUGUGAUCACCCUGAAGAUGGAGAUUCCGGGCCACAUGCCGCCUCUCAUCCAGGAGAUGCUGGAGAACUCCGAGGGGCUGGAGAGCCAGGGGAGCGGGGCGCGGGGGGGCGGAGGGGGAGCACCCCCAGGCAGCUGCAGCCCCAGCCUCUCCCCCAGCUCCGAGCAGAGUAGCCCCCCGGCCCCCUCGCCCUCCCCCUCCCCCUGAUCUGGACCCCCCCUCUUCCCCCCCUCCACGACCACCUCGACCCCCCCACUACCAACCAAACACAGGCUCCUCUCUCUCGAAAAAAAAACCUGCAGUGCGAAGCCGGAGCCUCUUCAGCAGGCCGCGCGCCGGGUCGGGCUGGGUCGGACCAAACCGCCGGACCAGGACCAGGACCCGGCUGAGUUCCUCUGUCUCUGUUUUGUAUUACUUUAACUUUGGGGAGAGGUGCGAGGCAGCAGCGUGGCCAGCAGGGGGCAGGACGGCUGUGAUCAGACCUUAAAAGAGAACACAGCUUUUCAUUUACCUGGAUUGGGGGCUGGGCGAGGGAAUGCUGGUUCAGAGGACCACCUCAACCCCACCUCCAAACUGGAAUCUAAACCCGGGGUCCAAACCUGCUGAGCAAAGCACCCAGGCCUCUGGGGACUAUCCUGGGGACUAUCCUGGGGACUACUGUGGGGACAAUCCUGGGGACUACUGUGAGUGCGCUCUCAGGCACAGCCAGCCUCCUGCUGUGCAGACCCAGACCCAGACCCAGACCUGCUGCCUGUCUCCCGUCCUCUGCUCUGCUCUGCUCUUCUCCCCUGGGGCCAGAGCCGGCCGCCAUCUUAAGGACCCCCCAGCUCCGCGCCCCUGCUCCACCCUCCACAGCUCCAGACUGCUGAGCCAACCUGCUCACCACAGGCAGGGACAGGAAGUGCUAUGUUUCUGCUUCCUGUAUGCCUGUGUGUGUGCGACCACAGCACCACACCCAGUCUGUAUGGGCCCCUCCUCCCCUUAGGAUUCCUCAGACAACUGAGAUGCCGAUUGGCUGUUUUGGACUUUGGACCAGCCAAAGAGAGGGGGAGAGAGAGGCCCACGGACAGACAUGAGAUCUCCCGGUAACCAGAUGUCAGGGACAUUUCAAAACCUUCGGAACCCUUUCUUUUCUAACGAGAGAUAUAUGAAUAUAUAAAAUAUCUAUAUUGACAGAAAUAAGAAAAUGAUGAAAAUUUGAAUUGUCUUAGGUGUAAUGAUGCAUUAAAAUCAUUUGUUUUUUCUUU